GUGUGUGUGUGUGUGUGUGUGUCCGUGCGACCAUCCCUCCCGUGUCUCGCCCUUCUACUAGCCUCCUUUCGGUUUCUUUCUUUUUCCCGCUAUUAUGCCCUCCCCCUGUCCCGUGUGCGUGGGGCUCGGGUGCGCGCGCACCCCCCUGCCGGCCGCCUCCCCUGUUUCAUGGGACGGGGGGAAGGAGGGCGCACACUGGCCAGGGGCGCCGCGCGCGGGUCUGAGUGUGAGCCCCGUUGGCGGUGUGCGCCUGCUGUGCCGGGGCUUCCCUCUGCUCCUCGUCCCCCGCCCCACACAUGUGCAGGGGCCGGCCUGCGGCCCUCCCUCCCUCCCUGUUCCCUGGCUUGCUCGCUCUCUCCCCUUCUCCCAUGCCCUCUGUUCCCCCUCCGUCUCUUCCCCCGGACUCUCGAGGACGGCGCGGAGCAGCGCCUUCUCGGUUCAUAGGCCCCUUGUAUUCCCAUCCCCCCCCCUUCUUCUUCCUCCUGCUCCUCUUCCUGCCUCUGUUGUCGAUCCACACGCGCGCACGGGCACACAUCGACGAGAGGGGACUGUGCGCGCGCCUCCCUUCCCUGCCCUCUCCGGCGCUCGUGUCCAUGCGCGCAGCCGCACGAAAGAGAGAGAGAGAGAGGCAAGGAAGAAGUGAAAUAGAGAGAGAAAGUUUUCGCC